AUGGAGGACGCCGUCAACGCUACCAUCUCUGAGCCUCUCGACAUCGUCAAGCUCUCCCUCGGAGAGCGCGUGUUCAUGAAGAUGCGCGGCGAUAGGACCAUCACUGGUACUCUGCAUGCCUACGACGCGCACAUGAACGUCGUGCUGUCCAACGUCGAGGAGUCAAUACACAUUGUGGACGUCAACGAGGACGGUAUCCCUCAGGCUCCCCGGGUUGAGCGCCGUAGCCUCGAGAUGCUGUUCGUGCGCGGCGACGGUGUCAUUCUCCUCUCGCCCACGCAGUAG